ACCCUAAAGACUAUUAAGAGCUGUCUGGCCGCGCCUCGGAGCUACCACCGUACACUGCAAACGAAGUAAAGUUGGAUCUUGCUUCGAGAGGCGGUCGGCAAUUUGGUCCAGUAUCUUGGUGAGUAGUGCGUAAGCAUUUCCACCAGUUUGGACCUCUGACGAGGCAAUCCCUAGCAUGAUGGCUUUCCGUACAAGCAUUUUUCUUUUAGGAUUUCUAUUCGUGGCUGUCGUUGCACAAGUCCUACCCCCAACAUACGCACCCUUAAGAGGGCGAAAAGGAGCAGUUGGCCCACCUGGAGAAGUGGGAGAUCCAGGACCGGACGGAGAUAGUGGUCCCGGUGGACCACCGGGGUAUCCGGGUGUUUUAGGACCUCCUGGAGAAACAGGUGAUCCAGGACAACAAGGACUACAAGGCCCACAAGGUUUACCCGGUGGGGCAUCACCGGGUGGCCAAAAAGGACCAGAUCCAAAUGACUCUGGUAACAUCAAAGGAGAGCCUGGAGCUCCUGGACCAGCUGGCCCACCUGGUCUUCCUGGAAAACGUGGCAACGACGGUAAACGAGGAGAACCUGGUCCAGCCGGGCUUCAAGGAAACGUGGGACCAACGGGAAGACCCGGGUUAGCGGGACCACCAGGUGCACCCGGUCUUAAUGGAAACGAUGGAAGAGCAGGAGAAGCUGGCCCGAAGGGAGAUGUUGGAAGAGAUGGCCCUCCAGGAGCGGCUGGAUUGCCUGGUAUGCCAGGAGAAGUUGGUUUCAAAGGAGAACGCGGUCCAGGCGGAGUUAAAGGAAGAAAGGGAGACGAGGGAACUCGUGGAGAGAGAGGAACUGUUGGAACUCCUGGAGCACCUGGUUUUGACGGACUUAACGGAGAUCCAGGACAACAGGGAUUAAAGGGCAAACCUGGUGUACCUGGCCUUGUUGGUCCACGAGGACCUGUCGGAAGCCCUGGAGAAACAGGACUGCCGGGUGCCGUUGGCCCCAACGGUGCACCAGGUCUUCCUGGAACACCAGGAGUAAAAGGAAAUCAAGGUGCAACCGGAUCCCGGGGUCUUCCUGGAGAAACUGGACAACCGGGUGUUGUUGGCCCAACAGGACCUAAGGGCCAAAGAGGCGCGAAUGGACGAGAUGGUGAAUCUGGUCUGCCUGGUGAUAAAGGAAGCAGGGGACCCCCUGGAAUCAUCGGUAAACCUGGAUUACGAGGACCACUAGGUGCUCCGGGUGUUCCUGGUAAUCCUGGUGCAGCUGGUCCUAAUGGAGACAGGGGACAACCUGGAAAACCUGGUGCCCCAGGACACAAGGGAGAGAAAGGCUCACAGGGUAUAGCCGGAUCAGCUGGACCCUUAGGCGCUCCCGGACCCAAUGGCAAGCGAGGCAAAACUGGAUUGCCUGGACAACCUGGUUCUCAGGGACCCAUCGGACCACGAGGGCACUCUGGACCACGUGGUCUUCCCGGAGCCGACGGAGCGCCCGGACGAAAGGGGGCAGUUGGAGCCAACGGAAACCCCGGAUAUCCUGGCGCCAAGGGAGACAAGGGUUCUAGUGGUAAGAACGGAGAACCUGGUCGCCCAGGAGGAAGAGGACCACCUGGUCAGCCUGGACAAGUCGGCCGUGAAGGAAAGAUGGGAGCACCGGGAGAUGAUGGUGUUGAUGGUAAACCGGGAGUUAUUGGAGAACAGGGUAUCGCCGGUACCCCAGGACCCCCAGGUGUGUCUGGAGCCAAGGGAGCCACUGGCGAUCCUGGUAAAGAUGGAGACCGAGGCCCUACUGGACCAGAGGGAUCAAAGGGAGAGGCUGGUCAACCUGGUAGCCGUGGUCUUCCUGGCAUUGCUGGAAAAGAUGGAUCUCCUGGAGAACGAGGAGAGCGUGGACCAGCAGGACCUCAGGGACCACAGGGCUCAGCUGGAUCAGCAGGAUCACCCGGACAAUCGGGUAAACCCGGAGAGGCGGGACCUCGUGGCGAGAGAGGUACUGAUGGAAAACCUGGUGCCAGGGGAUCCCCUGGAGCAGUCGGUGAAAUGGGAGCUUCUGGUUUAGCGGGAUUACCCGGAAUCGAUGGCGAGCGUGGAGCGGCUGGAGCAGAUGGUGCACCCGGUGAACGCGGACCAGAAGGUCCUGCCGGACCACCAGGAAUUCCCGGUCUUCAAGGAGCUACUGGAGCAGUAGGACAUCGAGGACCAGCAGGAGCGAAAGGAUCUAGGGGUGAACGUGGAAGAGUAGGGCCUCCAGGUAUCGAUGGAAAAGAUGGAGAACCAGGUCCUGAUGGCCAACCUGGCUCCUUGGGACCACAGGGACCAGCGGGAGAAAAGGGAGAAGCUGGAACACCAGGAACCAAUGGUGUGCCUGGAACCAACGGAGAUCAGGGACCACGUGGAAUGCCCGGUAACCCUGGUACACCCGGACAGCCUGGACCAAUGGGAUCCGCUGGACCGAUCGGUCCUCCUGGGCCCAGAGGACCUACUGGUGUCAAAGGAGGUAAAGGUGCAAGAGGUGGCAUUGGGAAACCAGGUGUCACUGGAACAUUAGGCCAACGCGGAUUGUCUGGAUCCAAGGGUACAGAUGGAUCACCGGGAAGACAGGGCUUACCCGGCCAACCUGGAAAUCCAGGCUCGCCAGGAACACCAGGACAACCUGGUCCAUCUGGCCCUGCAGGUGCUCCAGGACUUGAUGGUAUCAACGGAGCCAAGGGCUCAACUGGUGAACCAGGACGACCAGGACGUGAUGGAGAACCAGGACAGCCUGGAACUCCAGGCCAAGAUGGAGAGCCAGGAUUGCCUGGCCCCGAGGGACCAGUGGGACAAGUAGGACUGUCUGGUCUGUCUGGAAUUAAGGGAGAGAAGGGACCAGCUGGCACCCCUGGCCGAACCGGAAACCGAGGACCUGCCGGCGCCCCAGGCAUCAAGGGUGAACGAGGACCAGCUGGUAAAGAUGGGCGCAAUGGAGAACCUGGUCCUGUUGGACCAAGAGGACAACCUGGACGUGCCGGUGAACUUGGCAGCCCCGGAGAAAAUGGCCAAAACGGUACUAAAGGUACUCCCGGAACACCUGCUGCUAAUGGGCUUAAGGGAGAACAAGGUGCGCCUGGAGAGCCAGGUCUAGCAGGAGCGCCUGGAGUUGUUGGUCCUUCUGGACCCGAAGGACCUGUUGGACCUACUGGUUUGAUGGGACCAAAGGGAGAACGUGGAUUGGACGGCAAGGAUGGUGCGCCAGGACGAAGAGGGCCACAGGGUUUAGUAGGUAGUAGUGGUGCUAAGGGAGAACGUGGAUUUCAAGGAGAAAAGGGUGACAAGGGCUUUACUGGUAGAGAGGGCGACCCUGGAGCCCCAGGUUCAAUGGGUCCCAAAGGACCUCCAGGAAUCUCAGGAACAGAUGGCUCUCCUGGACCACGAGGUGGUCCUGGUUCACGAGGACCGCCAGGUGCUUCAGGACCUAACGGCCUGCCUGGUGAACCUGGACCAAUUGGACCACUGGGAGAGCGCGGUUUACGUGGACGACCGGGACGAGAUGGCCGAGAUGGAGCUCCAGGUCCACCAGGACCCCCUGGACCAAGAGGUUAUCCUGGACAAUCGCCAAUUGCAGGGUAUCUCAGCGUCGGAGCUGUUGAGAAAGGACCCGCUUACCGACUCUACACAGGAGAACAGUCAAAAAGGAAAGCCAAACCCGAAGGCAUGGAGGCUCCUAGUGGCUUUUUUUACGAACUUGAAAAACUGAACGACAUGUUUGAUAACCUUAAUAAACCAACUGGUAAAAGCAAUGAGUUCCCUGGUGUCACAUGUAAAGAUAUCAAGCUCGAUCAUCCAACAUUCAAAAAUGGCUGGUACUGGAUCGACCCCAAUGGUGGAUCAAAGAACGACGCAAUCCAAGUCUACUGUAAUUUCACAUCAAAUUCCUCGUGUAUUUCUCCCAGUAAAUCCAAGCCUAUUAAGAUGGAAUUCAAGAAUAAAUGGAUGAGUGAGCUGUUAAAACUAGAAGAGAUCGAAUACAGUGCCCAUAAGAGUCAAAUAAAUUACCUACGUGCCCACAGCAAGAAAGCUGAACAGAACGUCACCUAUCACUGUCUUAACUCCAAGGCAUGGACUCUUCAGAAGUCCAUUAAAUUACGUGGCGACAAUGAUAUGGAAUUCCAUUCACGAAGUCCUUCCAAGUUCAGACCGACUCUCGUUAAGGAUGGCUGUUCGAGCAAAGACAACAAAUGGCAUGAAACUGUCCUCAUCAUAGACACAGCACAAAAACACAGGCUUCCCAUCGUAGAUGUGUCAGUAUUUGACAUCGAAAAACCCAACCAGCAAGCCAAAAUAGAAAUUGGACCAGUAUGCUUUGCGUAACGAACGUUCGAUGUCGAUAUCACGCUGAAAAAAACAACCUCUGUUCUUGUACAAUAUCAAAAUAAAAUGUAUCGCCUCCAUUGCAAGAUGAAAGCGGAAAGUACUUUUAUAUAGUUUUGUAUGUAAUUCAUUUCUUUGGAUUAUGUUAGUUCUUUAUUAAAAUACAGAUCAUGUGAGUAGCCAAGAAAUAUGGUGCAUAAUUUGAAGCUGUGAUUCUACAAUAAAUGCAGUUACUUAGAAUUAAGAGUCAAUGUAAAUCAGUGCUCUGUGCUAUACUCUUUUGAUUUUUAGAUGUGCGCGUAUGUAUACCUUCUUUUUUUAUAAUUCACAAAUUUCUGGACUCAUGGUUCAUACCUCAAUACUGCCCCAGUGCUCUGUCUCGUAUGUUUGGGUCUGUACCAGAUUGGAAAUAAAAACCACGACAAAUAGGUUUUAAAAA